CCGGGUCCGCAAAGUCGUUCCGCUUCGUUGUCUGCUUUUGAGGAACUUCAACAAUCAUUUAAGUUCGAAAAGAAAACAAAAUCAUCUUCCAACAUUUCAGAAAGAAGCUGAAGAGGAGAACAUGGCCCAGCAUUGGUCGUAUGAUAUUCUGAAGCAUAUAGCUAUCAAUGACAAGGAUGCUCAAGACAAUUUGGAAGACUUGAAAUCAAUCCUGCUAGAUGAUAUUGGAUCGACUAGGAAUAUGUGUCGUAUUAAGGAUAUGACAGAUCUCAUAGAUUGUUUGGAAAGACAUGAUGCCUUGUCCGAAAACAAUAUUGAACCACUGCGAGAAAUUGCGGAUCAAUUCGGAAACAAAGAACUUGAGGAAGCAAUUUGCAAUUAUUUUGCACCAAAAGACUCGUCGGGCUUCACAGAACCUUACAACCAAUACAAGGAACUUCGUUUGGCCGACGAAGUAAGAAGUCACUUGAGUAUCAAUGGCGAUUCACAACACGCAGAGGUUCGUGGAAGAAUGUCCAACGAUAAUGUACGUUUCCAAAGUGGACAAAGCCAAACUCUCCCUCCCCCUCUACCAACUCCAACUAUUUAUCCUCAAGAAUUGACGGAUAGGAAGCGUGCUGCAAUCCAUAAACUAAUAGCUAAUGAAAUCGGGAAAUUCUGGAGAGCUUUGGGAAGGGAAUUACAACUUUCACAAGGUCAAUUGGAUGCCUUAGAAAUGGAGUACCCUCGGGAUUUAGUUUCUCGGGUAUACAAGUUGUUGCAGGUGUUUGAGGAGGAUGAGUGCCACGAUUCCAAGCAAAAUGUUCUUGUAUUGUGUAGAGCUUUGGAAGACUGCCGACGUAAAGACUUGCGUAGAAAAGUCGAAGAUAUAAUGUCACACUAAGAAAAUCAAUACCCAAAAGGUUACAAUUGUUUUCCCUUUCUAAAAGUUCUAAUGUUAAAUACAUUUGUAAAUAUCAAUCAAACGUACCUAUAUAUAUUUUUCUUUUCUAUUAAAUAUAUAAAUUUAUAAUAAGAAAA